AUGGACAUUAAGAGAGUUGGGGAUACCCCCUGGUAUUUUACGGCGGUUUACGCCAGUCCAGACCCUAUGAAACGAAGGGAACUAUGGGACGAGUUAAAAGAAUUUGCGUCCACUCACAAUAAGCCUUGGCUAAUUGCAGGAGAUUUCAAUGAUACCCGAUUCCCUUCGGAAAGAAACAAGUCAUGCAAUGAGACAAAUCGGAGGUCUGCCCGGUUUAAUGCAUGGAUUGAUGAUAUGCAAUUGAUUGAAGUAGAGUUUUCAGGGGCAGCACACACUUGGUCGAGAGGAGUUACUCCAGAAACAAGACAAAGUGGGAGACUUGACCGAGCUCUUUGCAAUGGUGAAUGGGGUGUUCGGUUCGAAACUGCUAAGGGAUUGCUAAAGCUUGAGGCAAAACUUAGAAAAGAGCUCGAUGAAGUAAUGGAAAAGGAGGAGAUUCUCUGGUAUCAAAAGGCUCGAGUGGAGUGGCUCAAAAAUGGUGAUCGCAACACCUCUUUCUUUCAUCUCAGCACCGUAAUCAAACAGUGGAGGAAUAAGGUGGUGGCUAUUCGAGAUGCCAAUGACUCGUGGAUAUUUGAUAAGGAGCUGGUCAAGGCCCACUUUGUGAACUUCUUUACGAAAUUAUUCACAGAAGAGAGCUAUCCCCACCAUUCUGUAAUUCCUAAUGAUAUAUUCCAAGAACUUCCAGUGCGAGAAUAG